UGGGCACGUGAUUGGGGUCCUAUUUAAAUUGAUUGAGUAUUGACUCGUUGAAGGUAUUCUGGUAGGUGUCACUGUCCCUCAUAAUCAGGCAAGCUUGGAGGGUUAGUGUGCCUAAUUGAGCUUUCUAUUGGCAUAAGGCUUUAGUUUUUAGCCUUUUCCUCGUUUGCUCUGGCAAACCUGCUUUCCUAGUUUUUGUUUUUAAAAGCCUUCCCCAACACUCCAUGUGCUUCAUCUUCCCUACCUUAGCUCUGGCUCCUUUUCUGAAAACAAAAGAAUCAAUCCAUUUCUUCUUUUAUUUUUUGGUGUGAGAGAGAGAAAGAAAGAGAGAGACGUGCAGUUCCAAUCAUGGAGGUUCCUCUGGCAUUGCAUGUGCCCCUAUCUCCUCGCCCCACUUCUUAUUAUUCUACACUUCUAUGGAAACCAGUACUUCCUUGUUUAUAUAUCAUUCAUUCCACUCUAGAGUCAUAAUUCCCGUAGGCUUUUAGCCCUCAACGAGAAAAGCAAGCCUCCAUUGAAAUUGAAACUUGGAGAAGAAUACUGAGAUGGUUAGUCCAGCACCCUGCAGCCGAUCCUGGUCUAUAAGCGAGGACUCGCUUAAAAGAUAUGUGCAGUUUGCAAGUGAGAGCUGUAUACAAGAGUUACUGUCUGCUUCAGACUCCAACAGGGGGAUUGGGAUUAAUAAUGGCAAUGAUGGCUGGAAGGUUCUUACUCUUGAAAAUGGAGUGGAGAUAUCGAAACGAAGGUCUGGAAAUGGAUCAUUCCACACCUUCCGCAGCCGCUGGCUGCUCAGAUCAGUAUCACCCCAACAAUUUAUCACUGUUGCUAAUGCCAUAGAUGCUGCCAAGCAAUGGGAUUCUGAUCUGGUAGAAGCAAGGUACAUAAAAGAUCUUGACGACAACCUCAGCAUCAUCCGGCUCAAGUUUGGAGAUAAUUCCAAGCCCCUAUUUAGAAACAGAGAAUUUAUAGUCUAUGAGCGACGGGAAACCAUGGAAGAUGGCACUCUGGUGGUAGCAGUUGCUUCACUUCCAAAGGAGAUAGCUGCUGGAUUGCAACCAAAGCAAAAUAAUGCAAUCAGGGGACUGCUGUUGCAAUCAGGAUGGGUCGUUGAGAGGCUUGAUGGUGACUCUUGCAUGGUCACCUAUGUUGUUCAGUUGGAUCCUGCAGGCUGGAUGCCCAAGUGCUUUGUUAAUCGACUUAACAACAAACUAGUUAUGAUCAUUGAAAAUCUUAAGAAACUGGCGCAAGCUUGUCCAAUUGAUGGGGAUACAUGAUUCAUAAGAUUGUGCAGAGGACUUGAGAAAUGAAAAGGACACUAUGAAUGCAAUCUUUCUGUGCCACUUUCAAAGAACUAACUUCCAGAACCAAUAAUAUCUUUUUGAUUCUGUUGUUGGUAAUUAUAUUGUAAAUAACUCGCAGAGUGCAAUCAGAGAUUUUUUUUUUGUGUCAA